AUGGGUAAGAUUCUGAGAGAAACAUCGAGGCCUUCCUCAACUUCGUCGCCGGGAACACCUUCUUCCGGUCCGGCAACUACAUCGUCGACAUCGAUAACCGAAACGGUUAAAGGCUCCCACCGGUUCAAGAUAACGGGGUAUUCGUUAUCGAAAGGGAUUGGAGUUGGGAAGUACAUAGCGUCGGAGAUAUUCUCGGUGGGAGGGUACGAUUGGGCGAUCUAUUUCUACCCUGAUGGGAAGAGCGUGGAAGAUAAUGCUACGUAUGUGUCACUUUUCAUCGCGCUUGCAAGCGAAGGAACUGAUGUUAGGGCUCUUUUUGAAUUGACCCUUUUGGAUCAGAGUGGGAAAGAGAGGCAUAAGGUUCAUAGCCAUUUCGAGAGGACGUUGGAGAGUGGACCGUACACCUUGAAAUACCGUGGUAGCAUGUGGGGAUACAAAAGAUUUUUUAAGAGAACAUCACUAGAGACAUCAGAUUACCUUAAAGAUGACUGUCUUAGUGUUAAUUGUAGCGUUGGGGUUGUGAAGUCACACACAGAGGGCCCUAAAACAUUUUCUAUUGCAAUAUCACCUUCUAAUAUUGGUCACCAGUUUGGGAAGCUACUAGAAAGUGGAAAAGGCAGUGAUGUGAGUUUUGAGGUGGAUGGUGAGACUUUUGCGGCUCAUAAAUUGGUACUAGCAGCUCGAUCAGCUGUUUUUAGAGCUCAGCUUUUUGGUCCUAUGAAAGAUCAGAAUACCCGGUGUAUUAAAGUUGAAGAUAUGGAAGCUCCGGUUUUCAAGGCAAUGCUUCAUUUCAUAUAUUGGGACUCACUGCCUGACAUGCAAGAGUUUACUGGGAUUAACUCAAAAUGGGCAACUACCUUGAUGGCUCAGCAUCUGCUAGCAGCAGCUGAUCGAUAUGGCUUAGAUAGACUUAGGCUCAUGUGUGAAGCAAGUCUAUGUGAAGAUGUUGCAAUAAACACUGUAGCUACAACUUUAGCUUUAGCAGAGCAGCACCAUUGUUUCCAGCUGAAAGCAGUCUGUCUGAAAUUCAUUGCAAGGCCUGAAAAUCUAAGAGCUGUGAUGCAAACUGAUGGUUUUGAGUACUUGAAGGAAAGUUGCCCAUCUGUUUUGACUGAGCUUUUGGAGUAUGUGGCUAGAUUUACCGAGCAUUCAGAUUUUUUAUGCAAGCAUAGGAACGAAGGAAUACUCGAUGGCAGCGAUGUAAAUGGAAGGCGGGUGAAGCAAAGACUAUACUGUGAAAAAUGA